AUGGAAAUCAAUCCAAAACUCCAAAAAUCAUUAGAAAAAGAUGAAUUUCCAGGAUAUGGAAAGAUUUGCCUUAUUGGAAACUCAACAUGUGGCAAAACUUCACUUUAUUGGAGAGUUCAUACUCGAGAAUUUCAAGAAACUUUUUGGUAUACUUCAGAUAAUCCCAAUUUAGUGUAUGAAAAUUUUCUGAUGUCAUUGUGGGACCUUCCCUGUAGAGAUGGAUAUGAUCAAUUGAGAACUUUGUCGUAUCCAGAAGCACACUUGGCUCUCGCUUGCUUUUCACUUGUGGACAGAGAUUCAUUCGAUUCUAUUCGAAACAAGUGGAUUCAUGAAUUGAGAUUCCACUUGAAAGAUACUCCAAUUAUUCUGGUUGGUUGUAAACAUGAUUUAAGAGAAGAAAUCAUCAAAUCAUCAACACAUCAAGAUAACCAAUCAAUUGUAACAAGUGAGGAAGCAGAGGAAUUCGCCAAAAGUUUCGGAUUUAUAUCCUAUUGGGAGAAUUCCUCUAAAAGUGGAUUUGGGAUGAAGAAUUUUAUGGAAAUUUUAGUAAAUGGGUGCACCUAUCAACCGAAUAUUGUAAAACCAAAGAAAAAGUGUUUAAUUCAAUAA